CAGUGUUUUGUUGACAUCAUGACAAUGUUGGUGGGAGGGGGACGCGAGUUAACUUCAGCUCGGGCUGGUCGAAUGCUGAAAUGAAUUAUGUAAGCGAUAAGGCUGAUUAAUUCAAUUCAAUUAUAUUUUAUCUAUAUAGCGACAAAACAAAAAUAAUGUCUCAAGGCGCUUCACAGAGCCCAGUGCCUGGACCUCCUUAGAGCGUGGUGGGGAGCAAUGUUUCCGCAUGCAUCCGCAUUUGGAUCAUGAUGAUUAAGAGAGAGAACAUUUUAGGAAUUUACAUUACAGAGUUGCCUCUAGGCCAUCGGAGUUUUAAACCAUGAUUUGUCAACUGCAACAGUAGGUGUUCAUUGUUUGUGUAUGAAUCUUUCAGUAGUGGUAUUUUAUUAUAGAAGUGGAAUAGUGUAUUGAUUGGGCUUUGUAUUGGAUACAGACAGCAACAUGUCAGAGCCUAUGGGUUUUAGUCUGGGUCGGAGUUUUACACGAAGAUAACUCUAAAUUGAGUCAGUAAAUGUGUUCUUUGUUUGUGUAUAUGUCUUUCGGGUGUGGCAUUUUAUUAUAGAAGUGGAUUAGUUUAUGGAUUGUGCUUUCAAUUAGAUAUAAAAUUGUUAUGCCGUUUAGAUAUGGGAUGGUUUUCCCGCAUCCUAUCAUGUUUACGCACCAGGGAACGUCAUCGUCUGUUGAACCGUUUACAGCGUGGAACAGCAAAAGCGGAAUUCAAGGCAUUCAGUGGACAGUAAAUAGAAGACAUACAGUUCAACAGAGAUUCGCUAUGUUUGGCUGGAGAGAUAUUGAAUAUGUUCGCAAUCUAUUACAAUUACCUGAGUCAUUAUAUAUACUUACAAAAUAACUUCAUUUUCGGUUUGAGUCCUCGAAUCGGCAAGUGGCUGUUUGUCCAAAGAUUAAACCAUGACCCGAUAUGCACUGGUUUUCCUCCUACUUGCUACUUUUAAUGAAGCCACCUGCGUGAGGUCCAGGAUGAGCACGCCUCCUGAGACGUCUCAGCGUAUGACGUGUGUAAUACGAAACACUGACUUCACAUGUACCUGGGAGCCCUUGGGAAACUCAAAGAACAUGCAAUAUUUAGUCACACUGACCAGCCAUAACAGCGUUACUCACAAGAUAGUCACGAAUCAGUCAAAAACAACUAAGGACAACUUCAACCGCUUUGAGGUCCCGGGGAUGGAGGAUCUCGUCACCGUAUCAGUGAGAGCACUAUACCCAUCUGCUAAUGAAACAUGGCAAAUCCAAAACAAUUAUGACGGCCUGCAUGCUAUGGUGCAAUAUGACUCGCCACAUCACGUGCGGGCCGAUACUCACCCGUGGGGUCUCAGAGUUCACUGGAGAUAUAAGAUAUAUCAAACCUGCGCAAAAUGUGAAGUGCAGUACCAUCAAGGCACCCUCUGCAGAAAGAAAGAGUGGACUUCCACAGCAUAUCAGGAAAGCGGCAGUAUGGACAUUACUGAUGUGAAGCCGUGCUCUAGCUACAGCAUAUCAGUGCGCUGUGCUAAUGGAGCGCCAAUAUCCCCAUGGAGCGAAUGGAGUUCGAGUUUUACAGCCUUCUUUCCACUCAGUGGCUCCAUUGCCCUGCGUCUCUGGAGGAGGGUGUUGCGGCCGGAUGAGAAGGGCAGGAGGGAGGUCCACCUCAUGUGGAAGGGCCCUGCUGUGAGCUGCCGUGCCGUGGAUGAGUACAGUCUUUUCGUCGACUCUAAAUUUAGACAGCGUUUAGAGCCUUCCCAGAAUCAGACCUCUGUUUUGCUCUCCGCUGCAGCCCAUGAAGUGACAAUUGUAGCUUAUAAAAAUGAAAGCAUGCUGCUGAAUGAGUCAGCGCUGAUUCAUCACGUGGCUGACGGGACAGGUUGUCCUCCGGUCGAGUCGGCCCAGGCGACCGGCGUUGAUGGGCGAGUCUUGGUGUCGUGGUCUGCCCCUCUCUGUCCCGUCGCCAGCUACAUGGUCGUGUGGCACACGGAGGAAAACGUUUACGCGUGGAAGCAGACUCAGGAGACAAACAUCUCUUUUCUCGGUAGGCCACGUGCACUUUACACUGUCACUGUUACUCCACUUAACGGCACCGUCCCAGGAAACGACAGAAUCCUCCAUGUUUAUGCAGAGGAGGGGGAGCCUGCAAAGGUCACUCAAGUAGAGGUGACUAAUGUAGAUGAUACAUCGGCGAGGGUAGAGUGGGAUGCUGUGCGUCUAGACCAGUGCUGUGGCUUCGUACUCAACUACACCGUGUUCUAUGUGGCCGGACAGCAGCCAGAGUUUAAUGUAACCGUGCCGAUCAGAAAAGGCCAGCCUGGUGAGAGAUACGCUGUCCAACUGGUCGGCCUCCAGCCCAGCACGUCAUACAGUGUGCACGUGAUGACAUCCUCCAUCUCUGGAUCCAGUACAAGCAUUGCCAAUUCCUUCAAAACAAAUCAAUUUGGGCGUGGCUUUAUCAUGGUGCUGGUACUGACUGCAAUUGGAGCUUUGUUGCUGCUGACCAUCGUAUUGUCUGUCUUCAUGCUACUGAGGAAGAUCAGCGUUCAGAAGAUGCCAAACCCCGGACUGAGCUCCGUGGGGAAGUGGGCCCAGGAGAAGUCCAAAACGUCUUUCAUUCUCUGGGGAAUCAGUGAUCCUGGAGAUCAGACCAUGGUGUCCAUCGUGGAGAUCUCACCUGGCCCUUUUGACUCCGGAGAAACACACCUGUCCGACCUCCCGGCGUGCACUGACUGGACAGGUGACUACGAGAGGGUCACACCCACUUUCAGCAGCAGGGCAACCAACUCAUGGAAUCCUACCGCCACUCCCACCAAUGGAGACCAGACCCAUGAUGAACUCAAGGACGAGUCUGUGUCAGUGUUAGGAAGCCUUUCUAAUGAGCCCUGUCUGGAACAGGAUCCAGCUUAUAUCUCUGUGGAGACGGGCCAGAUGUUGGCCUGUACUGCAGGGAGCCACGGUUCCUCAUUUAAGAACAAAACUGCGGAACUGGAACCUGGGGAGCAAAGCGCUUUGAUCUCUGUUCUGAGCUACAUCUCAGUGGACCAGUGCAGACCCAGUAGGAUGGACUUGUGA